GGCUUGUGUCUCAGUGGAUUUCAUGGUGGAGAGGAGAGAGAAAGAGGGUGAGCUAGAGAGGGAAAGAGUGUGAGCUAGAGAGAUAAAGUGAAAGGGGAAGAUAGUUUAUUGAUGGAGAGUUAGGGUUCCGAUUCUGAACUCAAUUUUUUCAGUUUUUUCAACGAUCGUUUCUCUCUCUUCCUCCGGUGGUGUUGAGUUUUCGGUUUAUCCCUUCUAAAUUGAUUUUCUAGAGUUGUUUUGGGUUUUUUCCUCCGGCGAAAAUUUUGUCCGAUUGAUUUUCCGGUGAACAUUUUUUCUGGUUUGAUCCUUCUCGGUCACCGGUACUCCUUGAUUUUUCCCAUCAUUCCUUUGAUUCAAAGCUAACCGCCGAUUAUAUACAAAUUCAAGCUUUUAACUGGAAGCCUUUUUUUUUUCCGGGUUAUUGAGGAAAAUUGAAGUGUUUGAUACGGCUUUUUAGCGUUUCAAAGCUCUGUUUUUUUGUGUUGAAUUGAAGAUUGUUGGUUUCGAAUUUUAUGGGUUUCUUAAUUUGAUGACUUUUCUUGGACAAUUUUGAGGGAAAAGGGUCAUAGAACUGCAUAGAUGUUAUUAAACAAUGACCGAAAUUGGAUAGUUUCGUUCUGGUGAGGGUUUUGCUUUAACUUGAUUUACAAGCUUUGGUUUUAGUUAAUUGUUGGACUCAUUAAUGUCUCUCCAAAUUUUGGUCUACUUGCAUCUAGAAUGGGUCAAUUAUUUCCUAAUAUAGUGGUUACUGUAACAGGCAGGAUCCACUUUGGCCCAAAGAAAAGCUUCAAAUUCAUUUCCUUUCCACAAAAGCUUUGACAUCAAAGAGCAAACCAAGACUUGUUGAUUCAAGGGGUUUUAAGUUUUCCUACAUUUUUGGAUCAGAAAAUGGCAGUUUCUUUUCCUCGUUUUUCAUGGAGGUUUUGGGGAGGUAGCAAAGAAAGACAGCCUUUUUCAAAUGGGUCUUCCUUAAAUUCAUCUUCUGAUUGUAGUUUUGGCUUGAAAGAGCCUGAUACUGUUAAUUUUCCUGAUAAAAUGGUCUCAAAACCAAGAAAGGGAAAGGGUAAAUGGGAGAACAGUGAUGAGAGGAGGACAGAGACAGACUGUGACGUUGUGCUGGUUUCAUCAGAUGGAAUGCAUUUGUCUGGGUAUGAAUCAGAUGGCCCUGAAUGGUCCAUUGGGUGGGAAGAACCACAUGGUCCAGGUUUUGUUGGUGAUGAUGAGACUGAUGGUGGAUUUGCGGUGCUGGUUCCUUGCUACAGACCUGGUUGCAAGGAACUGUUGGGGGGUCCAAAUAACCCGCUGCUGAGUGCAUUUAAGAGCCUUCCAAAUGGAGUGUAUGCUGAGGGAAACAACUACAUGCAGCAGUGGUUUUCUUCUCUCAAAAACUUCUGAAUGCCUAGAAAUUCUGACGUUGCACACAAUGCUUAUUACUUAAAUAAGUUAAUUCAACCUGGGGUAUUUUGAAGAAGUUAAUAUGUCUUUCCAUAUCAUAUAAUAUAGGAUCCUGUUAGGAAGCUGGAAGGGUGGAGACGGAACUUGGUAUCUGCAUAUGUUGAGGUCCGCCUUUGGAGGUGCGCCUACCUAUAGGAGCCAACAUAUGAGGUUCAAAGAGAGAAAAAAAAAAAAAAGGAAGAAGACAGCAUAAUAUGGAGCGCAUGCUUGUUUCUUGUUGGUUAUUCUCAUCUUCCUAGUUCAGUUGAACCCUUGUGAAGUGUUGGCGGAAAUUCUCUGUAAAUGCUGCUAUUGUUUGUGAAUAUGUAAGAAAUUCCCCUGCUUCUAGCUUACUACUACUGUGAAUAAUUCUCAUCUUUUCCAGAACUGAUCAAUAUGCCAUCUAUAAAGCAUUAGUUUUGUACAUUAUUUUGUUCUUUUAUCCUGUUGGGAGCAUAUCUAUUUCAUUGGU